CUUUCGUUAUCGCGCGAUACGCACGAGCGCGGCCCGGCGCGGCUUGGCUUCGAUUUCGCUUCGCGCGAAACGUCGCCGCGACGUAUUCCCGACGCGGAACAACCGUCCGGCUUUCGCGGUAUCCGCUCGUCCGUCCCUCCGGUAGCGCGGCACCGCCUUACUCGGUUACUCAUGUUACGCUCCACGACAACCUCCGCGGUGUCUUGCCCCGAGGCCGGUGCCGCUCGAUAAUCGCGACGGAACAGAGACUCGGGUGCGGCGCGGCGAGGCGAGGCGAUCCGCCGUUAUUUCCCUUACGUGUCUCGUCGCAAAUUAUUUAUAAACGUUUGUUCCGCGUAUCGGAGCGCGGCUGAGAUAAGAAAGGAAGCGAGCGAAUUAAAGCGCGGCCACAGUGUGAGAGCGUACGUCGCGCACGUCCACGAAGUGCGUCUCUUUCGUUUCUCACGUCUCUUCUAUUUCCCGUUCGAUCUCUUCUUUUCACGUGGGCGAAAAUCGAAUCUCGACGAAUCUCGAAUAGUAGAUGACAUGUGUGUUGAGCAGUGGGUGUUGUAAUUAUCUAAAAAAUGUCGAGGAAGCCCGGAGCCACUCAAGCAAUGCAUAAGGUCAUAAUGGUUGGAAGUGGAGGUGUUGGAAAGUCUGCUCUAACGUUACAAUUCAUGUACGACGAGUUUGUUGAAGAUUAUGAACCUACAAAAGCGGAUUCCUACAGAAAAAAAGUUGUAUUAGACGGAGAAGAGGUACAAAUAGAUAUCUUGGAUACUGCAGGACAAGAGGAUUAUGCAGCGAUUCGAGACAAUUACUUUCGUAGUGGGGAAGGAUUUCUUUGUGUAUUUUCGAUAACAGAAGAUGACAGCUUCCAAGCUACACAGGAAUUUAGAGAACAAAUUCUCAGGGUAAAAAAUGAUGAGAACAUUCCAUUUUUAUUAGUGGGAAAUAAAAGUGAUUUGCAAGAAAAAAGGAAGGUUAGUCUAGCCGAAGCUCAAGCAAGAUCCCAACAAUGGGGUGUUCCUUAUGUGGAGACAAGCGCUAAAACAAAAGAAAAUGUAGACAAGGUAUUUUUCGACUUGAUGCGUGAAAUAAGGUCACGUAAAAUUGAAGAUAAGUCAGCAAGCAAUGGUCGAGGUAAAGACCGUACCAAGAGGAAGAAAAAGAAGUGCAUUAUUCUAUAG